AUGGCGAGUCCAGAUUCACAGACGAUAGAACUAGAUCGUGAAUUUCUCGAUACUGUCACAUUCCACGGCCGAGAGUAUCAGAAAUAUUCGAUCGAUAACCGCACGUAUUUCGGACCAGUCGAUGAGGAAGAAGCAGAACGGCUGGAGGACGAGCAGCAAGUGUUCCAAAGAAUUUUCGAUAAUCGCCUCAUCUUUCCACCAAUACGUCGACUUCGAAGAGUGUUGGACUGCGGGCAUGGAUCCGCAUCCUGGGCUAUCGAGGUUGCUGAACAAAAUCCCAGUUGCGAAGUCACCGGCGUGGACAUUGCCCCGCACAUGAAUCCAGACGAUGUGCCUGACAACUUGUGGCUUCAGGUCGAUGAUUUGAAUCGUCGCUUCACCUUUCCCAGCCACCAUUUCGAUCUUGUCCACUCGAGACUCCUUGCGACCGGUAUCCACCGAACCCGAUGGCCAUCCUAUCUCCGUGACAUAGUCAGAGUCCUGAAGCCAGGAGGGUGGGCUCAGAUGGUCGAAAUAUAUUUCAAUGUGCAAUCCGACAAUGGCUCACUCAACGACGACCAUGCCCUGAGAAGAUGGAGCACACACUAUAUGCGUGCCUUGGAUGACCGGAAAGACCUCAGAAUUGGUUCGAAAUUGAGAAUGCUCAUGACGGAGGCAGGCUUUGAAGAGGUGGACACAAAGAUGAUCCCCCUUCCACUGUCUUCUUGGGGGGAUGCAAGAACGCAAAGUAUCGGUCGAUCCAGCCACGAAAAUAUCAAGCAACUUCUUCGAUCACUCGCCCUCUACCCACUGAUACAGCGUUUGCAUAUGUCACCACAGAGUUUUGAGGCUCUUGUGACACAGGCGCAGCAAGAGGCGGCUGAUCACACAUUGAAGCCAUAUUUUCCGCUGUAUGUACCGCCUCAUUGA